UCGGGAGGGAACCGUGAGGGAAUCGUGGUUCUUUGGACCGGCGAAAGGAGCCCGAGGAAGGAAGGAAGGAAGGCCGGCUGGUUGGGGUUGAAGCCGGAGUCGGAGCCGCCGUCCUCCCUCCUGCGGAGGUGGGGGGGGGAGAGAGAGAAAAAGCGCGGGAGGCGUUCUAGCCACGGGAGGACGCGACGCUCUAUGGGCUGAAAGAAGACCAUGGCGGCCUUGUAUAAACUGGAUGAUGGGCAGUGUUACCCCACCAACUGUUUUCCAGCGAAAAGCCUUUUGCAGCCACGAUACGAAGAAGGAGCCGGUCACUGGCAGGUGGCUCGUCAUAAUGUGGAGAAAACCAAAGUCGAAUGGCUGUUUGGCAGGAAGGUUGCCCAGCAGAGCUGGCAAGAGUGUUUGCGGAAAGCCCAGUGCCCCAGGCCAGAGAAAGUCCUCAAUGGGGCCCAGCUGAUUAAGCUCCACCAUGUGCAAACACCUUCGGAUUUGUGCUCCGUGAAUAUCAGCCACCAGAAUUUCGCCUUGGCAAGGGAGAGCGACUUCAUGCAGUUCGAUUCCGUCGCUUACAUCAACGCCACCGAAAACCUGCUGACUUUACAAACUUUUCGUAGCUUUCCUGGCCUUCGGGAGCUGGAACUUUCUCUGAACGGUCUGAGGAAUCUUAAAGUGAGGACUGGGGAUUUUCCUCACUUGGAAAUCUUGGAUCUCUCCUACAACAACUUAUCUCCUGAGGAUGUGCAGUCGCUGGGAAUUUUACCGCGUCUGAAAGCUCUUCACCUGACGGCCAACGGACUUUCUUCACUUCCCCUCAAUCUGGCUGCCCCGGAGAGCUGGAACUGCCCGAAGUUCCCAGCGUUGGAGGUCUUGCUUCUAGAUGACAAUCAUCUCUCCGACUCCAGUGUCUUCCUCAGUCUGGCCAAUCUUCGAAGGCUAAAGCAGCUGAACUUGGACAAAAACGGGAUUAAAGAGGUCCCGUAUCUCCAUUACUUGGGCCACGAUCGCUUCUCCAUCCAUCCUUUAUCGGCAAAGUCAGGCAUCCGGGCAGGCUUACGUUGCCGGAAAAACUCUCCCCCAAAGCCCCCCCCGGAUCGGUCCCCGAGGCUAAACCAGCAGUACAGUUACAUUAUCACCCAAAACACCCAGGAUCCAGAGAAGACAGAGGUCGUCUUUCAGGCCAGAACUCCGGAAGAAACGGCUCGGGAAAGGCCUCCUUCACCUCUGGAGGAUUCCAAGAGCCCCUGGCCCAACAUCAGCACGGAGUUCCUCCUUCCCUUACCGGAGCUGAGAUUUCUCAGUCUUGCCAACAACCAGAUCGAAAAUGAAGAAGACUUGCUGGCCGUGGCUCUCUUCCCUUCCCUGACGGAGCUGACCUUCUACGGCAACCCGUUCACCACGUCUAGAAGCGGUGACCCACCUCUGCUCACCAGUUUCCUCCAAAACAAACUGGGAAUUAAGCUGGUUAGGAAGAAAGUUUCCAAGCUGGAGAAGCCGCGAGUUUUUAUACCCAUCAAAGCCAGCCGGGAGAUUAAAUCCCGGCUACCUAAGAUCCGAAAGCAGCCCAUGACGGUCGAAAGGUCUCUGGAGACCACUUUCUGGCAGCUGUGGAUGGGAGCAGAUCUGGAUCCUGACAAAAGACUGGGUUCACUAGCUGUUCCAGACAGCCGAUCCUUUUCUAUGGCCUACGAUCCCGAUCAGCCCAUCCUGUCCCCUCUUCGGCCAGAGGAGAGGUCAGCCUGCAUCUCUCUGACCACUUUAUACAAUGAAGCCUUUACCCCCGGGUCCUCCCUCGAGGGAACGUCCUACGGAAGCGACACUCCGCGCGAGUCUUCCGUAGACCACAUCCUGGCUGGGAAGGUUUCUGCAUCUCAGUCCCGGUUGGGCCCGAGUCCUUCCGAAGUUCUCCCCCCGUCUCAGCUGGCUUCGCAAGGUCCCCCUGGGUUGCCAGCACCAAGAGAGGCACCUUCAUCAGGCCACCUUCCGUCUGAGCCUCCACUUCUAGCAGAGGGCAGGUCAGAAUCCGUACCUUACCUGAGGACUUCUUCAGGAGAACAUCUACCGGAGGUACACUUGGAACCUGUUGCCCCUCCAAACUCGCCUUCGGAGGAACAGGAUGGGUCAGAAUCGGUUCAGAUGGUUGGACCAGAAGAAGAAGAAGAAGAAGAGGGAGAAGAAGAAGAAGGUAGAACUUUCUUUUCCACUGCUUCUGGUGAAGAGCUGACUCAGUCUUUGCUGGAACAGAAAGGAUCCGAACCGCUGGUAUCGUCUGAACCUGGCCUCGGAGAAGAAGACUUGAGUGUCCCUCUUUCACCCGUCCGAUCGCUUUCAGCGGAAAAGGAUCUCCCAUCAAGGGGAUCAUCUGCAGAAGAUCAAGAUCGGGAGGAAUCUGUGCCCAUCUCCUAUCCCAGCGAGGAGGAUUUAGAAGAAGGCGUCCCGUUAAUUGGAUCAGGGGAGCUUCUUCCAGAGGUGGCCUUGCCCACUGUUUCUUCAGAAGAAGAGGAAGAGGAAGAGGAACCUUCUCAGCUUCCCACCUUUGUGUUGGAAGACAUGACUCUCUUGGGUUCUUCAGAGGAAGAGGAAUACCCUGGAUCUCCAAGCUCUCCUCUUGGCGAGAAGGAGAACCUGACGUUGGUGGAUCUGUCGACACAAACAUCUUCACGGUUUUUGGUUCCGCCCUCCCGAUCCGUUUCUGGAGACCUGUACAAACUGUUUGCCCAGGUCCGAGACUACGCCUUGCCUCCAGAACCCGAGGAAGAUGCUUCCAUGGUGGAGGAGAUGCUCACGAGUAGCGGACAAGGUGUCACCGAACCCAUCUUCAUAACUCAGGUGGAGGAAUCUCUCGAUUCCAGACGGUCCCGUUUGAACCUGGGGAAGGUGACCCUCAAUGUGCCGGAGAAGCUUAGGGGUUACGAAGAGCUGCUGGGAGGAGACCCCGGAUCAGAUUUUGUGGAGCCGAAAGGAAUACAACAGAACGUCCAAGCUUUGGAGAAGGCCCUUCGCUAUCCACUGGUCUACCGUGACCCAAAAGCCAGGCUGGAUUCCUACCAGAAACCUUACGUCUCCGCCAAAAAGAAGGUCUUGAGGGUCCCUGCGCCAAAACCUCGGAAGACCAGGAUGGAACGGCUGGAGGAAAUCCUGCUGGACCUGAGGAAGCCCAGAAACAUCGUCCACAUCCCUCUAGUGUGCAUCUUGCGGCGGAGAAAAGAGAAUUGGCGGGAAUACCGGGAAGCUUUGGAACUCCUGAAGGAAUUUCAGAGAAAUUAUAAAGCCACGGUGGCCGUUUGCAACAAGGCCAAUGAAUCCAGGGCAAUUGGUAAUGCCCAGGUUCCCAAAACUGACCUCAACCCCAUCCCGAAGUUCCGAAGUCUUCCUGAGAUCAAGGCGAGGAGAAAGGCGGAGGAGUCCUCCGCUCAGGCCCUUCAAGAGAAGAACGACUCCCUUCCAACCAGCCAAUAAAAGAGAUCCCACCUAGUUUGGCGGGCCGUAACCUACCUACCUGUUGUAGAAGAUCUUCAAGUACGACGUGGCCUCCUGGAGAACUUUUGCUGAAAGAAGCUGCAGCUGAUGGAGCAGUGAUGACCCAUGGUCCUAUCUACCCCAUGGAGGAGACACCAUCCUU